AUGGGCACCUCGCAGAGACCUCAUAGUGCUCGUCCCAGACUACUCUCUGAAGCCACUCGAGGUGAAGAAUACACGGUAGGAUCUGCCCCAGCAAACCACAUGUCGCCGGAGGCGCUCUGCCUCUCCUAUGCACCCCCUGCUUCCAUCUCCCUCCACUGCCGCCCUCCCCCCUCCAUAGUUCUUGGCACCACUGUGGCCCCGCACUGGAUCGACGCGCCGCUAUCGCUCUGCCGCCGCGUACAGAGAGUUCAAUGCCGCAACCCCCGUCCAUUCAAUCUCGCCGCCAUGGGCGUGCCCCACUCCAACUCCCUCGCAUGUGCUUCCGUGGCGAAACAGUGCAACCUGCAGGAGGAACCGUGGGGGGUCCAGGACGUCCAGCUCGGCAGUCCAACUCGGCAUGAUUCACGUCAUCAUUGGCCCCAUGUUCGCUGGCAAGACCACCGCGCUUCUUCGCCGGCACCGGCAGCGCCAUGCUCAGUCCAACCCCGUGGCUUCAGGGUGGCCAAGUUCGUCGCGACCAUCAGUUUAGAGACUUGCGUCACUGCGCGUGUCGCUACCAUGGCCCCCUGUGUCACUGCGUGCUUCAUCAACAAGCCUCCUGCACAUGGAAAAGCAACAUAA